AUGUCGGGAAACCCGGCUCAACCAGGUGCCAGCACCACCCCAGGCGUACCAGCAGCGGCAGCGGCAGGCGCAGCAGGCACAGGCGCGUCGGGAUCCUUUUCACAACAGCCUCAGCAGCAGCAGCAACAACAACAAGCUGCGUCGACGGUACCGGCGACGGUGACGCCUAUUCCUGCUCCUACUGUUCCGACUAGCCAGACGCCGAUCCCGCCUCCUGUGACGGCUACGCCUGCGCCGGCGGCGGCGCCGGCUACUGCGCCCAUGUCGAAUCAGAAUUUGAACCAGAUUGUCACAGACUAUCUCCUGAAGCGGGGAUACACUCGUACCGAGACCAUCUUCCGCCAAGAGUCUUCGCACUUGGGUCCUGACGGUAGACCCAUUCACAAUAAGGUUGAUGAUUUGGGUCCUAAGAAGUACCUGAAGGCAUUCAACUUGCUUCGUGAGUGGGUCGAGAACAACCUCGACAUCUACAAGUUCGAGUUGAACAAGCUUCUCUGGCCUGUCUUCGUCUACUCCUGGCUCGAGCUCGUCACUCAGAACUACUCUGAGGAAGCCAAGAUCAUCCUCAACAACCUCAAGUCGUACUUUGAGAAUGUCCACUCCGACGACCUGAAGACCUUCUCCACCAUUACACUGGCUCUGCACGCCAAGGAAAACCCUACCACCAAAUUGUACAGAGAGAACAAGUACCGCGUUCCGCUCAACCAGCACAUCAGUGGCAACCUCUUCCACUUCCUCGAGCGCGAGCGGGACAAUGGCGGCGCUGUUAUCCUGUACAUUCUCUCGACCUUCUGCCAGUUGGACUCAACGGCCCGUGGCCCUAUCGAGCCCUUUAGCUUCGAGGCGAUUUACCGCCGAUCUCAGAAUCUCGACAUUGACGAGGUGGAUCUGCAAGAGGGUAUCCCUGGAGUCUUCACCGGCAUUUCAAACAGGGACCUCUUGGACAAGACGGUGCCCCUCAAGCUGGGCCCUUUGCCCAUGGAGGAGGAUCUCCGUGACGAUGUCAGGGCCGAGCUCCAGGAUGAGGACGCGCUCAACCCCCCGCCCGAUGGCCGUGCUACUUUGGUAGACGAGUUCGAUCGCAAGAUCAAGCGUGAGGAGAGCGCCGAUGGUCCCACAAGAGCUGACCUGCCUUUGCCUCCAUCUCGCGCCAGAGACGUUGUCAUGGAGAUGCAGAAGGUCAGAGAGAACCGCGAUCGCUUCAAGAUUGACGGACGGACUGGAGGUGUGGGCGUUCCGGUCAGCGCAUGCAUGUUCACUUUUCACAACACUUUAGGCAGUGUAUCAUGCAUGGACUUCUCCAAGGAUCACGAAAUGGUUGCUAUUGGCACCACAGACUCAUACAUCAGAGUGUGGCAUCUUGAGGGCAAGCCUCUCAAAUCGAAACGCAACGACGAGAAGGACUACAAGUUCAACAACCGCAAGCUUAUCGGUCACUCGGCUCAGGUGUACUCAGUUUCCUUCUCCGACGCCAUUGCCAAGCUCGAGCACGCGCCAUUUGGUGAGGAGGGCAAGGGUGAGUCUCCUAUCGAGACAAGCUCCAAGCUGCUGUUGUCUUGUUCUGCGGACGGCACCGUUCGAGUGUGGUCGCUGGAUGUCUGGGCCUGCGUCUGCGUCUACAAGGGCCACGAUGGUCCGGUGUUGAGAGCCGAGUGGGGUCCUUUCGGCCACUACUUCUUGACUGGCGGCUGGGACAAGACUGUUCGCGUCUGGAUGCAGGACCACGCAUCCGCGCAGCGCAUACUCGUCGGUCAUGAUUCCAGUAUCUCGGCUGUGGCCUGGCACCCGAACGGAACCUACGUGUUCUCGGCUUCCGACGAGACGGACAAGUCGGUCCGCAUGUGGUCUGUCAUCACCGGCCAGUGCGUCCGUGUCUUCACCGGUCACACGGACUACAUCUCCACCAUCGAGGUCGCGCCCAAUGGCAGAAUCUUGGCCACGGCUGAUUGCAGUGGCAAUAUCUUCUUCUGGGACAUCCAGAAGGGUCUCCGCAUCAAGCGCUCCCGCGGCCACGGUAAAGGCGGAAUCUGGUCCAUGAGCUUCAGCGUCGAGUCCAAUGUUCUCGUUUCUGGUGGCCAAGACGGCACGGUCCGUGUGUGGGAUGUCGAGCUCCCUGCCGAGGGCCACAAGGCGGCUCAGCAGCAACAAGGAGCGGCGCCUGCUCAAGAGGGAGGCGACACCAUCGUUGCGGCCAGCGGACAGACGGAUCGCCCGACUGCUAGCGGUCAGGGAGCGACUGGCAGUGGAUCUAAUGCUCCCAGCGGCGGAAAGAAGAAGGGCAAGGAGGUUAUGAUCACGCCCGACCAGAUCAGCGCAUUCCCGACCAAGAAGACGCCCGUCAUGAAGGUGCAGUUCACCCGCAUGAACCUGAUUGUGUCUGGCGGCUGCUAUGAUCCCGACCGUUAA